AUGGAUACGGAUGACAGAACACAUUUGAUUUCCAGAGACGAUGACAGCGAUACUGAAUCUGUGCUAGAACUCCCUGAAGUAGUCAGAGACACGGUACCAUUGAAAGAUGAUCCACACAUCCCCGUGGUCACAGUUCGAUAUAUCAUUUUACUGCUUUUAUUUGUAAUACCGGGAGCAUUUGUUGAUACCAUGAAUCUGUACAGAACCACACUGGCGGCAUACCUGAUAUUUUUCGUCCAAAUCGUGGGACACUGGGCAGGGCAAUGGUGUGCUCGAGUGAUUCCAAAGAAUCAAAUUCUCAGCGUGGGACGCCAUAAAUUGAACCUAAAUCCUGGACCAUGGUCUAUCAAAGAAACUGCACUUCUCACGAUUACCGCAGCGCUGGGAGCUACCGGUAAUCUAGCUACGAAUGCGUUAUCUUUAGCCGACUUAUACUUUGACACGGUAGUACCUAAAGUCAUAGCAAUUCCGUUUAUGUUUGCAAUUGUCUUUGUUGGAUAUAGCUAUGCAGCAAUUUGCAAGGAUGUCUUGGUAUACGAUACGACCCUUCCCUUCCCUGCAACGUUGAUGCAAACAGCCUUACUACAAUCUCAAGCCAAGAACCAUGGAAAAUCUGCACAAAUGAGGGUGUUUUUCUAUGUUCUUGGCGUGGUAGCGGUAUGGCAAUUGCUUCCAAUGUUCAUAAUGCCAAUGGUGUCAUCAUUAGCUAUUCUUUGCUGGAUAGCACCCCAAAACUCAAUUAUCAACUUUAUUGGCAGUGGACUUGGUGGCAUGGGUUUCCUUAACUUCUCCUUGGACUGGGCUAAUGUUACUUCCCAAGUUAUGAUUUUACCCUAUUGGGUUCAAAUUAUUCAAUUCGUGGCAUUUGUAAUUGGAGCCUGGAUACUUAUUCCAUGGACAAAAUGGGGGAACUUGUUCGAUUACAAGUAUGGGCUCAUGUCAAAUCGGUUGUUCACAUUCAAUGGUACCAGUUAUCCCACUACAGAGCUUUUAGGUUCUGACCUUCAGCUUAAUGUUACUGCUUAUGCUCAUUAUGGACCAGUCUAUCUCGGACCACAGCGGGCAUGGAAUAUGUUCUUCGAUUAUGCCGCCUACAUUAGCGGCGGCAUGUGGAUUGUUCUCUUUGGAUGGGACAAAAUACAGAAGUCUUUUACUAGAACGCAUGCCACGAGGAGAACAGACAGACUUAAUCAUUUGUAUCUGAAAUACCCAGAAAUUCCCAUGUCAUGGUAUCGAUUGUUGUUUUUGCUGAGUUUUGGAACGCUUCUAGUGAUAUUUUUGAGUGGUCAAAUGUUUAUGCCUUGGUGGGCAUGCAUUGUAGCAUUGAUGAUGGGCGGUUUAAUCGUUACCCCGUUGGCUUGGCUUUACGCCCUUUCCAACUUUCAACUAGCAAUUGGCACUUUCAAUGAGUUGAUAUAUGGGUUCAUGAUACAAUAUGUCCCAAAAAGACAUCCAGUUGGUGCGCUUGUUUUCGGGUCAAUAGCUGGAGAUGCCUGGUAUCGCGCCCAAUUUCAUUUGGAUAGCUUACGCUUGGGAUUCUACAACCAUUUACCACCUCGCUAUGUGUUUUGGGCUCAACUCUACGGAGAAUUCAUUGGCAUCCCUAUAAACCAUGUAGCUUAUCGGUGGAUUAUUGAUCUGAAACGACAAUAUUUGAAUGGGUCCAAAAUUGACCCAAGUCACCAAUGGACGGGACAGGCAAUAAGUGCUAGUCAUACUAACGCUAUUCAGUAUGUUGUGCUUGGGCCUUCAAGACUUUUCACCAACUAUAAAUGGUUACCUUACGGGUUCUUGGUCGGUUUGCUUGCUCCCAUUUUAAUUUUCAGGCUACACAGACGCUAUACAAAUGUUGGGUUUGACAAGUGGAAUACGACAGUCUUUUUUUCAAGUAUGUCACGAUUUUAUGGCAACAUAUCCACAGGCUACCUCUCAAGAUUCAUAGGUGGCACCAUUACUAUGUGGUGGGCAUAUAACCAUCGCCACUCGUUAUGGAAAAGAUAUAACUACAUUGUUGCAGCAGCCUGUGAUACAGGGUUGAACUUGGCUUUGCUAGUGAUAUUUUUGGCGUUCACAAUGGUAGGUCACAUUGAGAUGCCCCACUGGUGGGGUAAUAAUGCUGAGAAUGUUGAGCGGUGUUUCGCUUUACAAAGGAGCCUGUAG